AUGGGUGUCAUAUAUGUUGAAAUUCCUUCUGAUACUGAAGAUAAAGAUGUAGAGCACUUUGGCAAAGCAUUUAGGAAAUCUCUUAAUUUUAGAUUUGAGGAACAUAUUUCUUUUACGGCACAGCUUAUGAAGAAAAUAUUAGGUGAUAAUGGUGAAGCUGAUAGGCGUCCCAAGUGGAGAAGAGCCUUGGAAGCCUUCAAGAAUUCUGGCACAGUGUACAAAACAAAGCACAAUAAACUUCCAGUCAUCGUUUAUGACAAUAUCAGCAGAUUGAUUAAUACAAAUCCCAAAUGCUGGUUACGUGCGAAACAUCCAGUGAUUGAAAUUGGAGACCUUAGCAACGAAGAAUCAAUGAAAUAUUUAACUGAGAAACGCAAGAUCAAUGAAGUAGAGGCAAAAAAAUUAUACGAAUUGGUUUGUGGUCGAAUUGUAGAGCUAAAGACUGUGGCGGAUGAUUUUCUUAACGGACAAUCCUUUGAAGUUAACACUGCACAACUACUCCGAAAGCAAUUACAUCAUGAAGUAGGAAAGAAAGCAAUCAAGGCUUUAUUGGACUCUAAAGAGUUGGGUUUUACGACAUUUAUAGAGUUUUUUGAUAAUUAUGAAGAAGUUGACAAAGUGCUGGAGACCAAUAUAUUUUCAUAUCAUCUCGAAAAAACAUUGUGA